UCCGCCCACAGACCAAAGCUUGCUUCUCAGCAGUCUUCAAAAAGACAUGUGGAUGCCAGUGAGGAACCAGCAAAUUCACCACCAGAACUAUCCCAUGAAAGUCAAGCUGAAAAUCUGGCUGCCACUGAGCAGCUAACAUUUCCAUGGAAUGAACUGUCCUGCGAGAGUCAGACCCCAGCAGCAGCGCCCCUCUCCUCGAAUGAAGAAUGUGGUGAAGGAGAAGCGAUGGGUACCAUCGAUGAUACAGAGGAGAUCACCAUUUUGAUGGAACUGUGUGACCUCGUGGCUAACAGCUUUUCAUCACAGGCAGACCCCAAUGACCAAAGGGCCGAGGAGUGGACAACAGACACACACCAUCCACAAACACUGACAGUCGCCAGUUGCCUGGAGGCAGAGGCAAGUCUGCAAGGGACGCUGGAAAAACUCGAGCAGAUGAAAGAAGAGCGACUGGCCUCCUCGCCACAAUACAACUCGCUGGUCCAGAACCACUUGGCCAACGCCUUUACAACUGUCCGAGACUCCUGCCUCCAGAUCAUCUUGGGUUUGAAGGCAAGCUUUGUGUGUGAUUCGAUCCUGGAAACGAUGCAGCAUCUACGACUGACCCCUGAUGAACCCAUCCACGUAAACUUCACGUACAUGCGGACGUGUGCGCGACAGCGCUUGAGGUCUGGUCUGAUGGACGUUGUAAACAAAGUCAAGGAUAUAACAGAACAGCUAAAAUCGUUGCCUGGGAGACUUCCAGAUUCAUUUGAUGAAGAGCUGAGUAACUUGCAAACAACAAUUUCGACGAUAGACAUAAAUAUGUCUACAAACGUGGCCUAGUUUUAAAUCCUUUGCCAGAAAAUUUAUUUAUAUUAAAAAAAAAAACAACAGUUUGCAGACUAGAGCAAAAAAUCAAAAUAAAUGUUUCAUUCAUUUUUAAGAUUGUGUGUAAAUCAUUGUUUGCACGAAGCUCAAAUGUCGAGGUCAAAUAUGUAUGUGCAAUGCGAAAAAGGUUUGAAUAAAUAUUUAAUUUAGUUUUGUCAGACCUGCAUGAACAUUGAACCUGACAUUUCAAAACAAUUCAAAGUGUUUCUCGAUAUGCAUAAAUAAUACUCAAUAAAAGGAAGAAAAUAUGUCUGGCUUGGUUAUGUGGUGAUUUGGGCACAACACUACGGCAGCAUCACUCAGAAACAAAGUCCGACGACCGGGGGAUGCACCCAGCUGGCUGACCUCUCGGCUGUGACCUUUCCCCUGUAGACUGUGAAAGGAAUAUUUUUUGUUAUUGUGCAAAAAAUAGUGCUAGUGAGAGCAUCAAUGGAAAGGACAUUUUGUUAACACAGGUCACGUGAACUCACUACAACAGUUUACCUGCGAAAGGAUGGGCUACUUCAAUAAUUUUUAACUGUUAAGGCGAGGAUUUGAUCGUAAACGGCUUGGACCUAAGAAAAACGUUGACACAAAUGAAGCUCUUGUGAUAUCGAGUACUCUUUAUGUGGCUAUAUAUCGUGCUUGUUGGUCAGGUGAAGAGCAUACGUUGUCCUCUGCAUACAAGAGUUACACUCGGUGGGUAGAUAAGGGAGCGAACUGUGGAAUGUACCACCCGGCGUGCGAUACCACCCCAGUCCUUCAGUUCGUACGCACCCUGAUUAAAAGACAACUGCAAUAAGUUUGUAGCUUUGACGGAUUUGGUAACCAACAACAGACAGCAACACAAUGAUAGUAGACUUUAUUAGCUGUUAUCGCUCCUCUUUCCUCCACGCUCACCCAUAGA